ACUGUGAUAGGAUGCUACAUAGCUCCGGCCAUUUGAGUAAAAGUCACCGCCGUGGGAGGAAGGGCGCUGAUUGGGCUAAGGUACAUAAGUUCUUCAUUGAUGAAUGGGACUUGCGCCACGACAGGUUCCAAGCAACUUUUGACCAUGCAACGGCGACAAUGGAUGGUCGCAUUAAUCCUGGCUAUAUGGCGUGGUACAAUAGGAUCACCGUGUCGUACCUAGUUCAACCUGGGACACAGUCAACUGAAGGGAUGAACGAGGCAGCCCCUUCUAAUUUAUUGGCGGUUGAGACCCUUCAGGGGAUAUGGCAUUUGACCUUUGAACAUGACACAGACCCUCGGUUACGGCAGAUUCGAGAAAUGGCUGCUUCGGCACUUCGUGCGAUGAACCAUGCUGAUGAGAUGGAGUAUCCAUCUUCUCAACGGCGAAAUGUGGUCAUGCCGCCACGCCCACCAACUUCUCUUCGUCAUGGACUGCCGGAGCCCUUGAGUCCGGAGUACGAUCCACCAGGAUGGUCUCAGCUGAGUGGUGGAAGCCACGAGCCCUCGCAAUGGGGAGCACGCGCGUCAUGUGAUUCAUUCUUUGGCGGUGUGUCUGAUUGGGAUGCAGCUCAACCAGGACGUGAUACGUACUUUCAGAAUUAUCAAUUUAUGGAUCCUGUGGGGGAAGAAGAGGGUCAGGAAGAAGAGGGUCCAGAAGAAGAGGGCGGGGAGGAACAUGACGAAGUAAUAUUCCGACCACCGACCGCGGGAUCCUCACGACCAUCAAGUACGAUUGGGAGGGCUAUGCAGAAUGUAUUCAGAGGAUUUUCAACAAGGAAGAACAAAGGGAAAGCUCCGACAAAGUUCACGCCUCCAUCUAGAUAG